AUGGUGUUGAAUCUGGAUCCAAGGAAAAGGAAGCAGUCUCUUGAAGCCAUUGAAGAAACAAUCGUCAGAAUUCCCGGCGCCAUUCUUCGUCAGGGUGGUAACAUCGUUGCUGUUCUCGCACGAAUCGGGGAUGAGAUCCAAUGGCCAUUGGCUAAGGAUGAAGCAGGUGUGAAGCUUGAUGAUUCGCAUUGGAUGGGUCGGAGGUUUUCGGUGCAAGAGGUUUCAGAAACGGCGAAAAAGGGGUCAGAGGUUUUGGAUGGGUCUGUGGCGAGGGAGACUUCUUCGUCAGAUUUGAAGAAGGAGAAGAAGAAGAAGAAGAAAGAAAAGAAAAGGAGAAAAAAUUAGGGUUUUUUUAUUUAAUUUUUAUUUUUGUAAAAUUGUUUUUUUAAUUUUAAAUUUUUUAAUUUUUAAAGAAAAAUUAUUUUUUUUUAUUUUUUAUUUUUAAAAUAAAUAAUUUUUUAUUUUAAUUUUAAAUAUUUAUUACGUGGACUAAUAAAAUUGUGCCACGUGUACACUGUGUACACGUGGACAUUCCA